AUGGUACCCAGCGCACAAGACGAGUUGACCCUGGGCUUCGAGAAACUAUUUCAGGCUCAACGGAUUCAUUCUUCCAUGAUCUUUGGUCUGUCCUUGGGACCGUGGGAUUUCAAGAAUGAGUGUCAAAACUGGAUAGCAGAGCUCCAGCGCAGCAUGAUUGAAGACUGUUCCUUGAAGUAUAAGGAGAGAUUACGCGCGUUGCAUGGCGUCAGGGAGACUGUCGAGAGCCACGCUCUACUGAAACGAGACCUAAUCUGGUCCGGUCUACUCGAUCUCCGAUGUAGACUCAUUCUGAAUGAUCUGGGCUACCGGUUCUCCAAGAAGUCGCCUCUUGUCUUAGCAGCAGCAUAUGUGGACCUUAACCUAGCUGUCACUGAUGCUGGCUCUGCUGUGGGCUUUUCGAGUCCUCCGAAAUCCCUCGAAGCUCUGUUCCAGCGAUAUGGGCAAAGGAAGUCACGCCGGUCGGUCACCUAUCUUCACGAAAUCGCACAAGACAAGCUCGGCACAAGAACGGGAAACCUUCUCUCCAGACGAAAGACGGUUUCGAAUUCCGAGGACAGCACGGCCGAUGGCUCACGGGGCGUCGUCUCCACGCGCAGGAGCCAGACUUCCUCCACAGAUGAAGUAGCCCAGGGACAGGCUCCGGAGCUAGCCGGCGUCUCGCCCCUUCAACUGCUGGAGAUUCUCGACGAGACCACAACAGAUCUUCUAAAGAACCACCUCGCCGUCGAAUACUUCCAGCUACACGACGAGAGCAUACGACUCCUCGAGGGACUUCAUGGGGAGUUCUCGUCAGAAGCAGCCGCUGCGUUUUCGUACGACAAGAACACCCCGGUCGACAGGCUUGCUCUGCUUUUGCCGGUUAUAUACCGAUCCUCGACCGAGUCUCGCCCCAAAGACAUCGUCAAAAGAUUAGAGAGUGCGGUAUAG